AUGAAAAUACUCACUGUGAUCACUAUUUUAGCUGUUGCAUAUGUUGUUCAAGUGCUCUCAAACAAAUUUCCAUCUAGUUAUAAGUCUUAUUUAAAUGAAUCAUCAGAUGGAUUUAUUGAACGUCGAAUAACUAUAGUGGAUAUUUUAAUCUAUGAUGCUGUUUUGCAAAAUCGUACUUCUGGACAGAUGAUCACAUGGAAUCCACUUUAUCAAGAUUCAUCUUCAACUCCCUACCAAGAGUUAUUUUAUCCCUUUUGUAAUCUGAUCAUUCAAUUGGUCAGAAAUGUAACAACUCCUGGUUCAGAUGGUGGAAGAUGUAAACAUGUACAAUUCUCGAAAAUAAAUAUUCAUAAUGAAUAUGAUAGUGUUAUCAUUAUUGGUGUAAAAGCAAAGUUAUUAUUACGAUUUGUGUAUCCUGAUGAACGCCAAUUAAAUAUGAACUCCAUAUUCAACAAAUUGAAAGUUAGUUACCGUCAUAAUAACAAAUUGUCAUUUUUGAAAAUUAUUCAAAUGACAACACAAGUAACCAUUGAUACUUUGAUAGAAAAACAAGAAAUAAAAGGAGAACUUUUAAGAACAACAACAUCAAGGAAUUAUCAUGAUCCUAUGACAUCAUGGCAUUCAAAAGAAGAAUUAGAAACUAUGACAGACACCACUACAUCGCAGCAGUCAACAAGUAAACUGGUACCAACCACUAUAUUCGGAGAAUUCUCAAACGAAAAUGUAAAACCAACAGGUCAAAAUCAGACUAAUUCAUACCAAAGAAUUCUAAGAAAAUUUUUCGGACAUUUAUUAAUUCAACAACCUUGA